AUGAAAAAGUUGAAACGAUUAUUUUCAUGUUAUGUAAAUGCUCUGGAUCUUCUAGGAGCGGAAAGUAUGCUUGUCAUUUCUAUCCUCAUUAUCAUCAUCAUUAACACUGUUAUCACUGCGGUAUCAUCAAUAUCAUCGACAUUAUCCCGAAUAAUGACUAUUAUUUGUAUGGUCCGUACAACAUUCCUUUUGCUUAUUUCCUACUAUAUUUUAAUUAUUCCGGGCCAAGCUGUGCUAUCAUACGAACCACAAAUAAGUUAUUUCGAUGGUGCAAGCUACUUAGAUAACUGUAAGUCUAAACUAGAGCGACGUGUAACUGCUCUGUCUGGUUUACUGAUAUCACAUCAACUAUAUGGAAGCAUUCCGUAUAAUGCAUCCAAGAAUUGCUUUCUGUUGAUAACGGCACCAUCUGGUUAUCGUAUACGCUUACGUGUGCUUGAUUUCAAUGUGCUCGGUGAUGCUCAUAACUGUGAUAAGGAUACACUCCAUGUUUUUGAUCAUGAAAAACCAAUUGAUCCGCAAACUUUACGAGAUGCGACCCAAGAAGACACUUCGCCCGGACCCAUACUUGGUCAGUUUUGCGGCACCAUUCGAAAUGCUAGUGAAUUGGCCGUUUCAACAGAGAAUGCAUUAACGCUUUGGUGGCAUACGGAUGCCGAAUUACCAUUUCGUCAUAAUGGUGAAGGAUUUCGAUUACUGUGGUCCGCAUUUCGGAAAUCAAAUAUUGCACCGUGUAAUGCCCAGAGGGAAUUCACAUGCAAGAAUCAAGAAUGUAUUGCUGCAGAACUUGCGUGCAAUCGAUAUCCAGACUGCAAAGACGAAUCCGACUUAAUACGCGAACUGCAAAUUGCUCACAAAUGCGAUUUUUUGACUAAUGAUCCAUUGGGUUCAUUAACCGGUUUGACGCUCUUACUUAUCAGUAUGGCUGCUGUAAGUUUAUCCGCAUGUCUAUGCAUAUGUGCAUGCAUAUGCUGCAAAUGUAUGAAAACCUCGGAUAAAGCCUGCCCUACUACAACUACAGAAUUACCCAUUGAACGAACACCAUGUUGUACUGCAACAGAUACCGCUGGAUUGCAACAACCAACAUCUCCUGGAUUUUUUUAUCCACCGUCUCCAUCAGUUAUGCCACCACUAGUGGGAAAAAAAAUUCAACAAAAGACUGCUAUGAAUGGGUGGAACUGGAUAUCGGACGCAACCAUAGAUCAGAUAUAUGAGCCAUUGAAUGUUCUCGCAGGUCAACUGUCGGGUGGUCUGGAUUGCGAACACCCGUUAGCAGUUUCUGUAAUUAAAAACUUACUGAAACUCCAGAAACGUAUGCUUGUCGUUUCGGGACGAGAUCUUAUCAAUCAAUUGCACCGCCGUGACAGCUUCACAAAUAAGCAAGGAGCACCAUAUUCACACUUACUUCUUGCUUCAUCCAAUGAGUACGGUAGUACACCAGUGCAAAAAAAUAGCGAUUACACGUACGUAAAGAAUGAAUCACGACACCUACUGAUGUAUUAA